AUGUCUAACUCCGAUCGCCUUCCGGAUUACCCGGUCAACUCAGAUUUGGUGAAGAGAUUAAAGUCUGCCCUGGACGCCAAGGAUGAAGAGACAGUGAGCCACUUGAUCUGCGCUGAAGUGAGGCACGUGGACGCCGUGAUAGAACUGGCCAAUGACGACUGGAUGAAAGACCCCUCUGCUCAGCUCCCCGCCAGCGUGCUCGUAGGGGACCUGAGCCGUCUGGAGCAGCUCAUGAGCCGGUUCUUCCAAGAUGCCAACGUGGUGUUUGAGAUCAAGAAGGACGAGAUGGAGUGGCAGGUGAAAUCCCCAGCCACAUUUGGACUGUCAGGCCUCUGGACCCUGGAGUACAAGCGCGAGCUCACCACGCCCCUGUGCAUCGCCGCAGCCCGCGGCCACACCACCUGCGUGCAGCACCUGCUCAGCCGCGGCGCGGACCCCGACGCCAGCCCCGGAGGCCGGGGAGCCCUGCACGAGGCCUGCCUGGGGGGCCACACGGCCUGCGCCCAGCUGCUGCUGCAGCACGGCGCCGACCCCGACCUGCUCAGCGCCGAGGGCCUGGCGCCCCUGCACCUGUGCCGCACGGCCGCCUCGCUCGGGUGCGCGCGAGCGCUGCUGGAGCACGGCGCGUGGGUGCACCGCGUGGGCGGCGCGGGCCGGGACACGCCGCUGCACGUGGCGGCGCAGCGCGGCCUGGACGAGCACGCGCGCCUCUACCUGGGCCGCGGCGCGCGCGUGGACGCGAGGAACGGCCGCGGCGAGACGGCCCUGAGCGCGGCGAGCGGGGAGCCCGGGCGGCCCGAGGAGCGCGCGCGCCGCCUGCACCUGUGCGCGCUCCUGCUGCGGCGCGGGGCGGCGGCGGACGCGCGCGACGAGGACGAGCGCAGCCCCCUGCACAAGGCCUGCGGCCACGCGCGCGCGGGGCUGGCGCGCCUCCUGCUGCGGCACGGCGCCGACCCGGGCGCGCUCGACUACGGCGGGGCCUCGCCCCUGGCCCGCGCGCUGCAGGCGGCCGCCUGCGCCCCCGAGGCCGCGCCGCAGCGCACGGUGCAGGCGCUGCUCAACCACGGCUCCCCCACCGUGUGGCCCGACGCCUUCCCCAAGGUGCUGAAGACCUGCGCGCCGGCCCCCACAGUUAUUGAGACUCUCUUCAACUCCUACCCUCAGCUCCGCGUAUCCGAGUCCUGGAGGGAAGUGAUUCCUGAGGAAGUAUUUCAGAUGCACCAGGCCUUCUACCAGUCCUUCUUUGCCUUGGCCCACACCCCGCGCUGUCUACAGCAUCUCUGCCGCUGUGCCAUCCGGAAAUUAUUCGGCAAGAAGUGCUUUCACCUCGUGCCCCUGUUACCGUUGCCAGAGUCCCUGCAAAAUUACCUCCUUUUGGAACCAGAGGGUGUUUUGCACUGAAAACCAGAGCGUUGGGACCAAGGCUCCGGAUCUCACUGCUGCCCUCCGCGGAGGCUUGUGCGGAGGCAAGCCCGUGGGGACGAGGGGCAGACCCGGAGGGCACCUCCCACGGCCCCUGGUGGUCGCACAGACCCCGCUGAGCCUCCCGGGCACUUUGGGAGGGAAAGAGUAAUACAAGGCCUUUCUGCCUCUCAGGGUUGCUUGCAAGGCUCGAGGUUGUGACACCCUAGUACUUGUAUCGGAAGGUACUCUUCGACAGAAGCUGAACUAAAAGGUACCCCUGUUUUCCCUGCAUGGGCUACCAGCAUCCAUGCUGCCCCCCAGCCUGCAGACUCUCUGCCUCUCAGGAACACCCCACCCCUCCUGGAGCCUGGCCACCUAGAAAGGCUCUGUCCCCAGCACAUGUCCACACUGAGAGAGGACACCUAUUCCCGUAACAGGGACACGCCCCCCCCCAGGAGCCCCCUGGUGCUUCCCAGCACAUUACAGUACAGAACUCCCUAAAGGACAUCAGGGGGGAUGGCAAGCCCGACGUUGUGAUCCCUUGUGAGUCUUCUCUCUGACACCCUCACCAAACCCCAGCUGAUUCGGCUGUGGCCAGCAGUCCAGGAAGCCAGACGCUGGGAAGAGACAGGUUGGUAGAGGUUGGCCAUCAGCCCAGCCUGAGCAUCACAUACAAGAGCGAUGUUCUGAGGGUCAAGGACUGUAUAGACCAUGUCUUUCCUUUUCUGUAUUCUGGUGCUUUGAUACCUGGGACCUUGCUCACCCUGGAGGGACUGUCCCCACUCAGGGUAAGCCAAUUCCUAGAGACAACAAACAACUCACCCUCAAACAUGCUUUUCAAAUGCAAACCAACCAAUCCAGAGCUCACACCCCCAACCACCUCCUUCACUGGGCUGUCCGAGUUGCACUACUAACCACCUCUCCUAACUACUAACCACCUGUCAUAACUGUCCUGGGGCCCGGUGCCAGACAGGUGGGGACAGCCCUGAUACCUCAGAGCCUGCUGAAGUUAUUCAGACUAGCUGAUCCUAAGCCCGAUUAUCCUGCCUGGUCGUUCCUUCCCUGGAAAACACAAUAAUGGCUUCUGUCCCCAUCCCCUCCCCCAACCUCCUAAGCAACCCUGGUGCUUCCCCAUGUCCCCCCAUGGUACCGUGUGCCCCUUCUCUUGGGAAUGGUGAGUAAUAAACUAUC